AUGAUAAAAAAGGAAAAUUUAAGCAAUACAAAAGUAAAUAUUCCCUGUUCAGGUACACCUCGGCAAAACUCUCUUGACUUUCAUCCCGAGCUAGGCUACUGCUUUGGUCAAGCUGUGACACGAGUAGUAUGGUUAAUACGCUUCAACCAGAAGAAAAUAAAAGGAUAUCUAACAAGGUUUUGUGGACUAAAAGACCCAUUUCUUGCCUUUCACUUUAAGGUUUAUAGCAUUGGAUUUAAAGUUGUACGGAGGAGAAUUUCUAUUAGUAAGUUUACAGCUGAUCUUAUUGAUAUAAAGUCCUUGGUAUGUGGAAAUAAGCCGAAUAAAAAAAAGCCUACACUAAAAAAUCGAUGUUUCAAUGAAAUGGAUUUUGCAAAAGAAAAAUUCAUAAAGUUCCCGAGUAUUUGUGUCUAUGUAUACAUCAUUUAUUAUAUAACACAAGGUUUAAGUAAAAAGAAUGCAUUCAUGACAUUUCAAAACUAUAUUAAUGUUAUAGGCAUUUAUUGGGACACGUUAAAAUCUGUUAAUGUGGUUGAACAGGAUAGCCUCAUAGAAGCAAUAAUACUGUAUCAGAGCUACUGUUGGUUUUGCAUUAAUUCUAAGCGAGACUAUGGGUUUUUUGAAGCAAUCAGUGAUAACUUAAUUCUCAAGAUCCUUUUUUCUUAUAUGUUUCUUAAUGCAAAAGAAGGUCUGAGCUAG